GCGCCGCCGAGCGGAGCGAACGCACGCCGUCCCGUGAGACCCGCGCCUUUCCAGCCGAGCCGAGCCGGUUCACGAGAACACGACGCGAAGCGGACGACUUUGCCUUGCUCUCGCGUUAGCGUCCCGUGCGGAAGGAUAUUCGACAACAAAAAACAGUAGUGGAGCUCGUGAGUGACAACUAACAGUUGGUUCUCCCAGACGCACGGCCGCCCGGUCGCCAAGUGAUUUGUGCCGAACGUCUUCGCUUGUGUUGUGUGACGCUGUGUGUGUGUGGACGGUCUCCUCGGUGCGACUCGGAAUAAAAACACGCCUCAUCGUCAGUGCUGUAUUAGUGUCUCGGAUACCAGGAUAUUACCAACCUCAACCCACACGUGGAUUACUCUGACUUUUCUUUGGCGAGGGAUGGUGUGACUGGCCAUGCGGCUGCGGCGGGGCGCGGGGCCCCCGGGCUGGGCCGUGGGCUCUCCCGCGGGGCCGCUGGUGCUCUGCUUGCUGUGCUUGCUGCUCGCCCUCGGCCGGCCCCUGCUGGCCCUCCCCUCGCCCGCCCCCUCCCCCUCGCCCGGAGCGGCGCCCGACGCCGACCCGGCCCGCCACGCUGCUGUCGCCAGAGCGCAAGCGGACAGCCGGUGCUUCCUGGAGAGCGGUUCGUCUGCGGAGAGCUUCUUUGUCAGCGAGGACCUUCCCGUUGGCUCCGUCAUUGGAGUGCUGUCGGUGCUGGGAGACCCGAGCGAGCCCCAUGGAGACAUCGCGCUGCGCCUGCAGGAGACGGACAGCCCCGUGCGAGUGUCACCGGGCAGCAAGAACCUCACACUCAUGCGGAGGCUGGACAAGGAGGGCAUUGAAGGCCCCGCGUCUGUGUACAUCAGCAUCAUCUGUGAUAGAAAACGCACCGCUGAUCCGGGCCUCUCGAUUCCGGUCAAUAUUCGGGUGACGGACGCGAACGACAACGCGCCUCAGUUUGUGAACGCACCAUACGUGCUCAACAUAUCCGAGGUACGGACGAAGAACUUUCCGAAAUAA